UCGCUGGCGGCGAGAGCUGGGCGUCGGGACGCUGCAGCCACGAGGAUGCUGGUGCUGACGGCGCUGGCACUGGCGCUGGGCGCGUGGUGCGGCAUGGUCCUGGCCGCCGUCCCGGACCACCCCGCGGGGGUGCUGGGCUCGCGCAAGCUGGGGGCGGCGCCCGACUGCAGCGGCGUGGUGGCCUUCUCCGGGGCGGGCGCCCGUGCGCGGUCCGCCGACAGCAUGCUCGCCUUCAGCGCCUCGCUGACGGACCGCGGCGUGGGCUGGAGCUCUCACAGCGGCGAGUUCACCUGCCACUGCCCGGGGCUCUACCAGCUGUCCUUCGCUGGAUACGGCUCGCCCGAGGCGCGGGUGGUGCUGAAGAGGCAGGCGUCGAACCACACCGAGUGGAGCGCCGUGCUGUCGACCGGGCCGGGGGGAGGCGCCAACAUCGCCCUCAUCGACAUGGACGUGGGCGACAAGGCGGCGCUGUUCCUCCAGGGCGGCGCGCUGCAAGGCGAGCCUGAGACGUCGUCCUUCAGUGGCCUCCGGGUGGCCAAGAAGUAGACUCCUCCUCCGCCUCCUCCCCCCAUGGGGGAGCAGUGUACCAAUCCACACACACACCCACCUACCAGCCUCCUCCACACUGCAGUCACACGCGCCCAUGUCCGGGCGUCCCCGAAAAGAGCGAUACCUACCUGUGCACGCGGAACCAAGGAGGGUGGGGCGAUUCCCCUUUCCUCCCGCCCUCCAACACAACCUUAUGAUAGAAACUCGUACUGGAAAAAAAUUAAUCUGGGAUAAACUUAAUACACACCCUGUGACCCCAAUUUUCACACACUUCUGAAACCUGUUUGGUUGGACGAGAGGUUCCACGGUGCCACACCAAACUUUUAGACUGUUGGGAACCCUACCCAAGAUUAUUUACUUCAGCAUGCUCUUUUGUUUCUCGACGUAUUGGAUACUUUCGGUGAUAAAACUUCCUUAGCUGUGCUCUGGUGUGAGAGGCCUUCCGUUUCGUUGUGUGGCAUUUCGUUUCUGCUUUUUUUUUUUAUUUCCCGCAAGACUUUUCUUCUCAAUCCUGUAUUUAACAUUGCAUGAUUUUUUUUUUUUUUUUUUUUUUUUUAAAUAUAAAAUGAACCCACC